CUUUUUUACAAAAAUCGAUGCAUUGUACACCUUUAUACUGGUAUAAGCAACAACAUAUUUAUCGAUUGCAUUUCUAAAAGGCUCUCACAUUGGUUAUGCGUGUGCAGAUGCAUGUUGUAUUAGCGAAUGUCAGAAUAAGUUUCUUUGAAAUAAAAUGUGCUUUUAGUACACGUUGGAAUUAUUCUAUAUAGUUAAUUUUUAUAACAGUGAAUUUACGAGCAAAUGCCUAUUGCAAAAGAGUACCUGUGAGGGUCAUACCUACAAUUUUUGUAUUUUGGGGAAAGCUAUACACAACAGACAACAGAUUAGUUAUCAAAACAGUCUUUAUCCGUCCAAUACCGCAAAGUUUACGAAUGUAUGGCGAAAUAUAUAUUUUAUCUAUGGCGCAAUGGCACGCUUCAGUGAGUGUUGUCUUGGAGACUUACCAACGCGACGCUACGAGUUGUUUGGUUAGUUAAUAGGCUUUUAAUUAAUGUACUUAACUUAUCAUGUAAAGCCGAUAUGAUACUUUAAAAUGGCGGAUUUUGAAGACACAAGAAAUCCUGAUGGUGAUUUUGUUUUGCAAGGACGAAAAACGCCAAUAAGGCAAAAGUCUGAUGAUUAUUUAAGCAACACGCAGAAAACUUUGACCAGCAAGAACUUGAGUAGUAGCCUUAAUUUAUCAGGUUCAAAAAAAGGCAAUCCAAGUAUUGAAGAACUGGAACACUCUCUAAACGAACUAAAGUUUGAUUUGGAAAAUCUCAAUGAAAGUUUGAGAGAAAAUUACGGAAAAACUGAGAUUUUUCUUGGGGAAGAUUUGGACAGCCAAGGAAACGCUUGCAAUUUUAACAGUGGAGAUGAAGAUCCAGAACUUACGCAUUUACUCCAACGUGACGAUCAUGAAGCUGUCAGUCACACGCGACCUUAUGACCCCAAGUGGUUUAGUGACCCCAAACAUCGAACCAAACCUAUGGGGGAUUACCCCAUGAUGCAGAGCUUGGGGGUUACCAGGAGGGGGGUUUCCCCAGUUAAUCGUAGCAUUGGAAGAUACGGAGCGGAAAUCGCAACAAAGGAUGUAACAGGGCAACUCACAGCAGUCGAUCUCGCAUCGAAUGAGAAAAACUUUCCGAUCCGACUUAGCGCUCCUCACAUCGUGGGAGUCCGAUCCCUUCUUCCCCCAAAGUUUCCAGUCCAACCUCAGGAUAAAGAGAAAGCCAAAUCUGCUAGGUUUAGAUCAAGAUCCCUUGAUGCUAGAUUAAACAAAAGCUUCCCAAUCACAUCACGCAUGAGUCGCUCACGAAAUAAAUCCCGUGCACGAGAUAGAUCACCGUCUCCUCUUCCUGCUUGGAUGCCAACUUCAUCACGAGCCAACGCAAGCGCGCAACCCCCACCACCAGUUAAAAAGAGGGGAAGAUCUCCAAUGAGAAAACGCCCAGCUACAGCAACUGGACAUCGUGAUAAAGAAGUAAGAAGUGUUUGGGAUGAAAUAGAUCUUUCUAAGUCUCUUCCACUAGCAAAGACAAGAGGGGGGGCAGGAUAUGUUCGCCCUACUGUUCAGCCACAACCAGGACACUUGGAACUAUCGUUUCUACGAGCUGCUGAUCAGAUUGACACGAGGAGAGCUUUAGUGGAGAAUUCACCUUAUCAACAAAAGCUGGCAAAGCUAAGAUUGGAACGUCUUCGAGUAGAAGAAGAAUAUCUUCUUCAACUUAAACGGGAAUCUGAAUUGGAAAGAAUAAGAGGCCCCAAACCUAAGUGGUACGAAUCAAAAGGGCCAGAGUUCCACUAUGAAUGCAACAAGAACACAGCUCUUCAUAAAAAUCGUGACAACUGGUCGGAUACUAUGGAUUAUAGAAAUCAUCUAUUAAAAUCUUCACGAGAAUUCACAAUGAACAUGAGGGGACCUGUACCUGUGCCAAGAUAAACUUAAAAACUACUGGAAUUGUUUAAAUUCAAUCAUUGAAGUUGCUGCAAGUUACUGAAUCUAUUGGCAGUCUUGCCAAAUUACUGAUACCAUGAAUUACCUGCACUAUUUAAUUUGAAUCAUGUUGAAAAGUAUUGGCACAAUUUAUCCACUUUUUGCACAAUUUACAUAUCACUGUGCACAUGUAGUUUAUGUGUGUUUAGAUUAAAUAAAGUAGAAAUAAAAGUA